AUGUGUAUACAACAUCCAAUUCUUUCGCUCUACCCACCCGGUGCUCAGCCAGACUCAAACGACGAAUUUGCAUACGAUAUUGGUGAUAAGAAAGGAGAUUCGAUCGUAUCACCGUGUCAAAAUCAUUACACUGAGUCGUUGUAUCAAUUGUUACAACUACGAAGAGAAAUAGCUGCAGAAGAAAUGCCGUCUGAAAAUAAUGAUCCGGCCGUGUUGGAAGGUGAAAACGACAACGAGAAUUAG